AUGAAUGCUCCAGCUGCUUUCGAAUCAUUUCUGCUCAUCGACGACAAAAAAUUCUACAUUGAAAAGGAUACAAAGGUAGUUUUUCGAAUCGAAAAAAAUCAAUAUUCGCUGAGUUUAGGUACCGAACGCAGCGAUUUUCACCAUCAACAAGGAGGAUCACACGCUAGGAAACAUGCUCAAAGUGUGAGUCUAUCGCAAAAAUCCCCGAAAGUCGAGAAUUUCAGUCAAUUGCUCAAAGAUCCGGAGGUGCUGUUCGCCGGCUACAAAAACCCGCAUCCGUUGGAACACAAGAUCUUGCUCCGCGUGCAAACGACGAGCCGGACGACGCCCGCCGACGCUCUGACGACGGCGAUCACCGAUUUGGUCGGAGAACUCUCGCUUCUCGAGCAUCGACUCGACGCCGCCAUCAAAAAGUGCAAUCAGGCGAACGAGCACGAGCGGGGAUACAAUUAG